UGACGAGUUUGAUCUAAACGCGUGUUUGCAUUGACAACAAUAAAAGAGAGAUGUUACGUAUUAUUACGGUAGUUUAUUAUUAUAUUCACAUCAAAGUGCCGUGUGACGAUGUCUAAGAAUAUGGAUUUGAUUGACGCCGAACCACGACCUUCGCCUACGGCCAAGGACAAAUUUCCAAGGGUAGUAAUUAUUAUCAUCUUAGCCGAAUUUUGUGAACGUUUUUCCUAUUCUGGUAUGAGAGCAUUUCUUACGCUUUAUUUGCGUAGCAAAUUGGGCUAUUCCGACGACGGUGCGACGGAAACAUAUCACAUUUUUAGCACUUUAGUCUAUCUGUUUCCUAUUAUUGGGGGUAUUUUAGCUGAUAACUAUUUGGGGAAAUUCAGGACGAUCCUGUACUUGAUGUUUGUUUAUGCAGCAGGUAACAUUUUGGUUGCUAUCACCGCUAUACCUCAGCUGGCGCUACCUGGCCGAUUAUGCACUUUACUUGGACUUUUCAUGAUAACGAUAGGCACCGGAGGCAUAAAACCUUGUGUCACGGCGUUCGGAGGGGAUCAAUUUAAAUUUCCUGAGCAAGAGCAUCACCUUGCCAUAUAUUUUAGCAUACUGUAUUUUAAUGUGGGCACUGGGAGUCUCAUAGCUAAAACCAUGUCACCAAUACUCAGAUCCGAAGUGCAUUGUUUUGGUGAUAAGGACUGUUAUUCACUGGCGUUUGGAGCACCAAGCAUAGUCGUCCUUAUAUCUAUAGUGAUAUUCGUCAGUGCAAAGAGCAGAUAUGUGAUGAAAAAACCAGAAGGCAAUAUUGUUUUAGAUUUUAUAAAGUGUAUUUCUUUAGGUUUGAAAAAUGUUGCUCUAAGACGAAAUGUGAAUGAAAAAGGUGGGCAUUGGUUGGACAGCACCCGAGUUCAAUAUGACCAGAGGUUUAUAAGGGAUAUCAAGAAGACGUUGUCUGUACUCAAGCUAUUUACUGUCACGCCUAUCUUUUGGGCUUUGCUUGAUCAGAUGGGAUCAAGAUGGACACUGCAAGCUACAAAACUGGACGGUAGAUUUGGCUUUUUGACAAUUAAACCUGAUCAGAUGCAAGUGCUGAACCCUAUAUUCGUAUUAACAUUGAUACCAAUCACUCAAAAGUAUAUUUAUCCAUUCCUUGAAAAAAGGAAUAUACUAAAGAAUCCUCUUCAUAAGUUGACUUUGGGCGGGAUAUUAGCUGGACUCGCCUUUAUAGUAUCGGGCUUGGUUGAAAUUUAUAUAAGUACAAAAUAUCCGGUACUUCCUAAAGCAGGUUAUGCACAACUUCGAUUGUUCAAUGGGAACCAAUGUUUUAUAUCUCUGCAUAAUGACCAUCACAAUAUAACUUAUACCAUUCCACCUCUUUCACAUUUUUCGAAGAAGGAUAUACGUGUGAAAGGUGUAGAGAAUAUUAAUUUCGAGUUGGCGGGUAGUUGCAUACAACCAACGGAAAAGAUUUUAAAUUUGGAAGAGAAUCGUGCUAACUCUUUUUUUUUGAGUGGUAAUCACAUUCACAGCUUUAAAGACAAUGUGGAUAAGAGUAAAUCAGGAUUUCCGAUUAUCAGAUUUUUAGUAACAGAUACUGUUAAUACUACGGGUAUGAUAUUCGUAAGGGAUAAAACGGACAUGAUAGAAGCAGAGUUAACAAGACAAGUUUCAUCACAAAUUGAAGUGUUCUCCGGAUUAUAUUCUUUGAGGGAUGGUAAUGAAGAAAUAAUUACGUCUAACAUUACGGUGGAGAGUGGAGGCGUAUAUGCGUUGGUGAUUGAUAAAAAUGGAAGUGACUAUAAAUCCAAUUUAGUAGUAAUCACUGAGGCUAAUUCCUUCACAAUGGCUUGGCUGCUUCCACAGUUUUUAAUUAUGUCCAUUGCUGAGGUAUUGUUUUGCGUGACGGGCAACGAGUUCGCAUUCAAAGAGUCGCCUGAGAGCAUGAAGGCGGUGAUGAUGGCUGUAUGGCUUCUGACUGAAGCUGUGGGGAACGUUAUCAUCAUUGUCAUCACGAGACUGUUCGUCAAUUAUCGCCAGGAGACACAGUUCUUCUUCUACACUGGUCUUAUAUUCGGUGCAAUGGCUGUCUUCUAUUACCUCUCACAAGGUUACAAGCAUGGGCACAGCGCAGAAGAAGACGGCCCAAAGAAGGAAUGCAGGAGUAAUAGUGAAGUAUUGUAUCUACAGGUUAAGCAAACUGAAGACUGUUUAGAUCAUUAAGAAAAUUUACAUUACCACCUAAAUAUUAAAAUUAAUUAAUAUAGCAUCAAUUAGAUAGCUUAAUAUUAAGUGGAUAAAUAAGUAAUUUUUUUUUUAAUAUUAUAAUAUUUACAAAACAAUUAACAUCACAAUUUGAUAUAUAAUAAUUUAACUCAAUGGUGAAAGAGAUAGACGAAAAUUUUAAGUGAGACAGACAAUUGUACCUACAAUAUGAUCGAAUUAAGAAAUGUAUUUUGUUUCUUUUUUUUACUUAUAAUUUAUAUAGUAUGUAAUAAAAUGCUUUAUUAUUUUAUUAAAUAUUUAAUGUUAUAAUAAAUAAUCCAAGAAUCAGUUACAAGCAAGUUGUAUAUUUGUAUAGUUUAGUAUCUACAAGAAAGUACUAAAAAGGUAACAGGUAUACAUUAUUCAUAACAUUAAACAUUAACUUAAUUACAUUACAUUUAUAUUUAAUUUAAAAAUAUUUGUAAUAUAAUAUUGUAUAUUAGAAGGAUAUUCAAAUAAGUUCAAUUCAAAUAACAAAUAUUUUACAAUAUUUGAAAAUAAUAAGGAAACUUACGCAAAACUAUGUGAUGGUGGCGCUAUUAAAAAAUAUAUCGCUGGCUCGCGACAUAUAAAAAAAUUUUUGUAUGAAUGCUGUGUAACCUUUUUGUUGAGUACUGUAAAGUAGCAAAGUUUUUAUGAUGAAAUGAGAUACAUUAUAAAUAGUUCUACAAUACUAUGAAUAUUGAUUUAUUUUACUGCGUUUUAACAUUUUAUUCCUUCUUUACGUUUCUUUACGUAUACAUUUUCUAGGUGGUUACAUAGAUUAACUUCUAGUUUAGUCAAUAUAAUGAUUGUGCCGCUUCUUAAAAAAAUCGCAAUGGUUUACUUACUUUGUGUAUUACUUAUUCUUGCCGAAAUCUUUGGCUUAUGUUACUAUUUAUUUUCCCGUCUUUUAAUACUGACUAAAGCUAAGAUAAAGUUAGUAUACUUUAUAAUAUAAUGGCGCCACCAUCAGGUAAAUACCAUUGGUAAUUAGCUUUCCUAUUAUGACUUGGUUUUCAUAAAUAAUUCGGCCGAAGAAUUAUCUAUAGAUAUUUAUGAUUUCACUUAAGUUCUAAAAUGUAUGAAUUAUAUUUACCUAUCUUUAUUUAUAUUUACCAUUAAAACGUUUAUUUUUCUGUACAAAAAAAAAAUAUAUCAAAUCGUUAUAGCUGCGGUUGAAAUAGAAAAAGACAAUAAUUCGAGUUAAAAUCAGUUACAAUGCAGUGAUUACUGAAUCAUAUUUAAAAUAUACAAAAUUAAUUAGGUAAUGAGAGUCUAUACUUCAGGAUUUAUAAAUAUCCUGAUGGCAGAAAGUAGAAACCAUUACCUAACAGCAUAAUCAAUGCAUAGCAACAUAGUAUAUAGUACUAUCAAACAUAGACAGGGAAUCAGACCUACGUUUGCAUUCUCUAUGUUGUCUGUGGUAAGUUUCUAAAUUUGGAUUUUAUUUGAAAUAUUGGCAAUCUCGUUCUUUUUUUAAAAGUACAAUUAUUUUAAUUUUGUCAGGAAUAUUUGUAGUAUAAUAUGAAUAGGUAGGUAAUAAAUGUUCCUAUUGUUUAUUAUCUAUAUAUUGUUAUAUGAAAAUUUAAUGUUACCCGAGAUAAUAAUUUUGCUGUAAAUAAUUAUUGCUUCUAAUAGUAGUUUAAAUUAGAAAACGUGCCAGUGUAACGUCAAGAGGCUAUUAUGCCUUCGUUAUAAACCCAAAGGAACAAUUCGACCUUAAACUUAUUCACACUAAGCCUAUAAACACAAGCUAAAAUAAUAUAUAGUUUUAUAUAGUGUAAGAGCGUAAUAUUAUCAGUAAUAUAUUAUGUAGGUACUUACUUAAAAUUUAUAUUACAAUGAGGACGGCUUCGUUUUUUUUUGUUUUAUAUUUGUUUGUUUAUAAUAGAUAAAACCAAAAAGUAUUUGACCAAUUUUUAAAAUUAUUUUAAUCUAUAGAAAGCUAUUUAUCACCGAGUAACGCAUAUAUAUUUAAUCUAUAUUGUAUUUUAAAAAAAUAGAGAUCCUUACAAAAAUUACUAUAAUGUAACCCAAAGUAUUAAAAAUUUGCCUAUUGGAAUUAAAUAAAUAUAUAAAAUACUAAUUCA